GCAUUUGCAGUCUUGUGUGGAGCUUUUUGCUUUAUUUUCCUUUGGGAAAAAUCAGGAAAAUCGUGAUUUUCACUCGCUAAAAUGAGGACAACGCUAUUGAGAACAGUGAAAAUGGGGCCCUCUGUGAGGGAACUACGAUUGCAUCUGUGUCAAACGGGAGCAGAAUCCAAGGGGGCCAGGGAUUUCGUCCAGAAUCACUACAUUAAACUGAAGCAGGAGAACCCCAAGUUGCCCAUCCUAAUCCGUGAAUGCAGUGGAGUUCAACCACGUCUCUGGGCUAGAUAUGAAUUGGGCCAGGAAUCGUCUGUGGCGCUGACAAAUCUAAAAGCUGAAGACGUGCUGAAGCAGGUGGAGGCAUUGGGAAGGAAGUAAUUUAGAGAAUCAGUUAGUCUUUGUAAAUAAAUCUCGAUGAAAUGAAAUUAAAAAAAAAAGAAAAUUUA